AUGGCGGACGAACUUGUCGGUUUCUCGAAACUCCCUCUUGAGCUGGUGGCCAUGAUCAUUACCUUCCUCUCCUACUUCGACGCCUUUCGCCUUUGCCUGGUGCGCAAGGACUGGUACCGGAACAAUCUCUGGUUGCGCUGCGGCUCUAUUGAUCUCGACGAGACCACCUUCAUGUACAACUCAGCCAGGUAUAAUUUCAUCAACAUUGGCCGGAAAACCCGAGCGCAGGAGCUGAAACGACGUGGGAAGCUCAGAUUCGUCGAUUUCUUGAACCGAACAAUGCCUCAGUUGGUGACUCCGGUGAUGUCCAGGCUCAACUUCCGCAUGUGUUACGCCGCUCAGUACCAAGAGCUGAUAGAUAACCUGAUCAAAUUCGCGGUUGCCAAGCGAGUUGCAAACUUGAGCUUGGAUUUCUCAGACGGAGACCCAUUGUUGAGCAUGGAUCCUCCGCCGAGGUCGAUUUUCUGGAGGUUCGAAGAACGACCAUCGUAUGUCCUACCAAGCUGCUUCUUUGAAGACGCCAAAGCGAUCAGGAUCUUGAACCUGACCUGCUGCUGCUUGGGCGUUUUCAACUUUAAGGGGUUCUUGAGGCUGACAUAUCUGUGUCUGAAACGAGUUAACGUUUCAGAGGACGAGGUUAUCCAUAUCCUGAAGAGCUGUCGGCUGCUGGACACUCUGAGUUUGUUGGAUUGCCGUGAUCUGCCCAGGUUAGAAAUCUAUUUACCGGCACUGCGGCUGAAAAAGUUGAUCGUGAGGGAUUGCAGUCCGCUUUCGCUCGGAAUCGAGCUGCUCCUUCCAGGGCUUCUGUACUUUGAGUAUGCAGGAAGGCUGGUCUGGUUCAGUCUGAAAAAUAUGACUCACCUGGAGGAAGCUGUAUUUGAUUUUCCUUUGGAUACUACUCUUCCAUACUAUUCUCAGGAGCUAAAGACCUUUCUUUGUGGCUUUGCUAAUGUCAAGAUCCUAUCGAUCUGCACCUACGCUAUCAAGAUCCUCCCUUCGGAGUACAUGGAAGGACCAUCAUAUUGCAAACUUCUGUUCGCUGAGCAUCUGACUCUCAAGACUCGCGCUGAGCCAAUUGAGACCCCGGGGAUAUUGUGCUUCCUUCAAAACUCACCUUUGCUGAAAACUCUCACCAUUCUUGUAUUUCUUCCCCAACGCCCCAAGUUCACUCCGUCUGGCCAAAAUCGUGGGUACAGCGAGGAAGCAUAUUAUGGGAUGCUGGAGAAGAGCGAGACGGAUUCUCUGGAUCGUCUUGAAGAAGUUGAAGUGUAUGGAUUUACUGGGAGGUACCAUGAAAUUGAGCUGCUGAAGUUCAUCCUGAGAUCUUCCAAGUCGCUCUCCAAGCUGACUGUCACUGCGUGGAUUUCGAUCAACCCAGAGUAUUACUCCAGGGCAACUGAAGAAAUCAUGCGUGCAAAGGUUGCUUCCGAGUCCAUCGUCUUCACCUGGCGUUGA